GAGUGGUGCCGGUGGCGGGGCCAGUACCACGGUAGGGAUGAAUGCAUCGUCAUGUAAUCCUCCCCAUAAAAAUCAUGACCUUGCUAGGUAACAUGCCGUCGCCGGUGGGAGUGCGUGCAACCCGAGACAAUAGUCCUAUGCCCAUCGGCCAGAGCGUACCCACUGUCGUGCACCUGCUUGGCCAUGAAGGAGAGACCCUCAGCAGAGCAGAUUCUGUCCAAGCGACCCCGCCCACCAGCUUGCCUUCAUGACCUUCGCACGCGCUGCUGCUGCCGAUCGAAAUGAACAUGCCGCUGUGCCGCGCGGCGGUCCAUGGCAGCGUCGCGGACCAGGUUUGCGCUAGACAGCGGUGAGAGAGUAUUCGCGGGAUGCGGGUGCACGAGAGGGAGAGCGUUGGGAGCGUGAGCAUCGGCAGGCGUGCGGUGCGCGUGGGCAAAGAACAGGGUUGCAGGUUGUACUCCUGCUGCCUCCGAGUGGGUGGUAUUUAAUACAUGCACGGCCACCUCAAGCAGACAAGACCAGCCGCCUUAGUGCAACAGCGCCGUGAAGCGCGGAUCCGUCAUGCAUGCCCGCAAGCCCUCCUUCACCUUUUUGGCAACCAUCUCAGCGAUGUUCGCGGACGCUUUGCAGGGAGAGGAGGGCACGAGCGUGCAGCCUCGAGUGCGCAAUUAAUCGGCGACAACCUUGAGCGUGAACUCUACCGCGUUAUCUGAAGGCAAUGCUGCGGGCGGACCAUAGGAUCGGAGCCAAGGAGCGUGCAACGCAGCGGCCGUGUAGGGCACUGAACGGGAGUCGACCGCGCUGGCCGCGAUGUACCACGACGCUUGAUAUACUAGGACGAUGAGAAUUU